AUGGAAGAUUCGAUAGAAGGCGCCAUCGGCGCGGAGCCCCAAGACCAUCGCAUAGGCCAGGCUGGCUACGGGACCCCGGGGCGACAUAGAAGCACCUUUUCGCGCAAGCCGGAUGAAGACGUGGAAGACUGGUUGAAGCACUGCCACAGACAGCAGCAGCAGCAGCAGCAGCAGCAGCAGCAGCAGCAGCAGCAGCAGCAGCAGCAGCAGCAGCAGCAGCAGCAGCAGCAGCAGCAGCAGCAGCAGCAGCAGCAGCAGCAGCAGCAGCAGCAGCAGCAGCAGCAGCAGCAGCAGCAGCAGCAGCAGCAGCAGCAGCAGCAGCAGCAGCAGCAGCAGCAGCAGCAGCAGCAGCAGCAGCAGCAGCAGCAGCAGCAGCAGCAGCAGCAGCAGCAGCAGCAGCAGCAGCAGCAGCAGCAGCAGCAG